UCUGAGAGUUCGCAGCACAUCGCGCUUCGAUGUCAGAGAACACGGUUCCGUUCCACCUACAAGGAUUAUUGGGGUGUUAGUUGGUAGGAUAGUCGGUUAUCGAUUCGUGUGUGUGGCAAAAUUUGGUGCUUAGGUGAUGUGCAAUUUGAAAAUGUGGUGAACGCUUUCCCAGAAAUUGAUAGCUUACCCUAUUUGUUGGAAUUACAUCUAGUCAAGGAAUUAUUGGAUACUUAUUGGUAAACAAAAUUCAGAGAGACGCAAAAGUCAACGACAACACGCGUUCCACUUGUCCGACUUGCUGCCCCCUCCAGAAUUUCAAAUCCUGUGGCACGUGCUGGUCACGCGUCGCCAAUCAGCGGAUCGGAAGUGUUAGCUAAACCGUUAUGCACUUAGCGGGCAAUUAAGCAGGCAAACAGAAGCGCAACAGAUUUACCAGCUCCGAGUUCCCUGAUUGCCCGACAAUGUUUUCCAUGGACAACUUCGACCUGGAGGCCACGAUGGCGCGCCACUUCUUCGAGGGAUCGCAGGCCACCAACGCCUCCACCUCCAGCUCCGAUUACUUUUUCGGGGACGAGCAUAGCUCGGAAAGCGAUGACGAGGACGACGCCUACAGCAGUGGAUUCAACAGCGACCAGGAGAACACCGAGAAAACCUUCUCCACAUUCAGCCGGCGGAGCCACAAGCCGCGCCGCUUGAAGUGCGCCUCCCAAAUGGCCCAGCAGCGACAGGCCGCCAAUCUCCGCGAGCGCCGGCGGAUGCAGAGCAUCAACGAGGCCUUCGAGGGUCUGCGCACCCAUAUCCCCACGCUGCCCUACGAGAAGCGACUGAGCAAGGUCGACACACUCAAGCUGGCCAUCAGCUACAUAACCUUCCUCAGCGAGAUGGUCAAAAAGGACAAGAACGGCAACGAACCCGGCCUGAGCUUGCAGCGCAACUACCAGAAGGAGCCGCCCAAGAAAAUCAUCCUCAAGGAUCGCACUGGCGGCGUGGCGCAUUCGUUAUCCUGGUACCGCAAGGGCGACCGAUACCCGGGCAGCAAGCUCUACGCCCGCACCUGGACACCCGAGGACCCCCGGGGACCCCACUCGCAGCCCCAGCCGCUGUACACGAACAGCAACUCGAACCAGAACCAAAACAGCAACCAGAGCAGCGAGGACUUCAGCGGAAGUGCCGACAUGUCCGAUCCGGGGGCAACGGCCAGCAUCUUCAGCAGCGGCAGUGGAAUGUGAGCGCCACGAUCCACGAUCCCCAGAUUGAAAUCGGGAUGGGCAGAGAGAAUGAGAUUCAAGGAAAUCCUACUAGUCAGGCCUCGCUAGUCACGGCAUCUAA